CAUUCGAGGAAUUCAAAACAUGUUUGCAGCAUAAAGAUUAUUGUUCCGAGAAUGUCCGAAUGUCUGAUCCAGGAAUAAGAGAAUAUGCUGGAAUUAGAUUGUUUUAUAUAUGAAUUAUCAUUUCCUUUCUUAUCUCAUCCUCGAGUAUUGGAAGUUGAGCAAGAAAUGCAGUACGGGAAGAUGCUCCGCCGUGAGGUUGAGAGGACUUUUCGUGGAUGGAAAGGUCAGUUCAUAUCGUACAAGAAGUUGAAGAAGCAACUGAAGUUGAUAUACCCUCGAUCCAGAGGUAGAUUUCCAAGAUAUGCCACUAGAAGAUUCGUGGAAGUAAACAAUAGGGGGCUUAGAAUUGGUUUUUCAAGAUUAUUACACAAUGAACUCAAGAAAGUUAAUACAUUUUAUUUGGAGAAAGAAGAAGAUUACAUCAUUAGAUUAAAGGAGCUGCAAAUUAGAGCAGCAAACUUGCGUACUAAUGAAGAGAAGCUACAAGUGCAGAAGGAUAUCCUGAAAUUUCAUGGAGAAAUGGUUCUGCUACUCCAGUAUAGCGCCCUUAACUUCAGAGGGUUAAUAAAGAUUGUCAAGAAGCACAACAAGAAGACUGGCACAACCUUUGAGUUCUCUGCCAUGCCAAGGGUUAUGCAGCAGUCAUUCUUCUCUACUGAUCUGCUUGACAAUCUGAUGAAGGAGGCUGAAGCAAUGCUGGCUCGCCUGUUUCUUCCAGAUGAACCUUAAUCCCCAUGCCAAGCUUGCCUAUGUAGAUAAGGAGAAGAAAGUAUAAAAAUUGUUCAUAUAUAUGGAUAAAAUUUGGACCCUUCACUAGAUAAAGUCAUGGAAUUAUGAUCCCAGACCAUUGCAAGAAGUGAAAAUAUGUUUUAUCUUUUUUUCUUUCUGCUAGAAUUAUAGGACUCGGUUGUUAUUGAGAAAGGAACAUUUGCCUGUUUUAGACUCAAAUUCAAUGAAAAUGGUAGUACUACAUAUUGUAGUUAAAUUUCAAUUGAUAUUUCAGUAUGCUAAUCAUUACUUUGUAGUGUUCAUGGUGUUUCUUGUGCUAGUGGAUGAUCUUCUUUGUAAUUUUCCUUCUUUCUAUAA